AUGGGAUCUACGAGGUCCACCUUUGCUUUCACAGAAACCAAAUCAUCUUCUGCAGCAGGCGCCAAGCUUGAGCAGUGCUACCAUGUCCUCAGUACGAGAGAGGCGGGCAAAGGGAUCCUGCGGACCGUCAUCGCCAACAACGAAGCCGUGGCAGAUAUGAUUCCAGUAGACGUCGCCAUCAACCUCACCCUUGCAGCUGGGUGGUACACUGCUGUGCACAGGCCAAAAAACAUGUUGGUGUUCAACUGCACAACAGGGGGAAUCAACCCUUUCUUCUGGGGAGAAAUGGAGCAGUACGUCAUGUCCACGUUCAAAAGGAACCCACUGGAGCAGGCCUUCCGAACACCCAACGCUCACCUGACAUCUAACUACCUGAUCAACCAGUACUGGGUCACUGUCAGUCACAAGGCACCAGCCAUACUCUACGACCUGUACAUGAGGCUCACUGGGAGAAAGCCCAGAAUGAUGAAGAUUGUCAAUCGACUGCACAAGUCCAUGAUGCUCCUGCAGUACUUCUCCACCCAGUCCUGGGACUGGUCUUCAGAUAAUAUGAAUAUGCUCAUGAGUCACCUUAACACAGAGGACAAAAAGUUAUACAACUUUGAUGUCCGUCAGCUGCACUGGUCAGAAUACAUUGAAAGCUACUGCCUAGGUGCUAAGAAGUACUUGCUAAAUGAGGACAUGGCUGGCAUUCCAGCAGCAAAGCAACACUUACGAAAGCUGAGGAACAUCCGCUACGCGUUCAACACCACCCUCCUGGUGAUCAUCUGGCGCAUCUUCAUUGCAAGGUCACAGAUGGCUCGAAACAUCUGGUACUUUGUGGUGAGCCUCUGCUACAAGUUCCUUUCUUACUUCAGGGCAUCCAGCACCCUCAGGCACUGAAGCUAUCCAUCAGCAACCAGCCUCUUCCAGAAGGACCUCCAUCUCCUCUAAUCAGCAACUGUGGGCAUCGGGGUCUGAAAGUAGCAGAAAAAUCCACUCCCUCCAAA